AUGAUUGAUCUGUUCCCAAAUCUGGGGGCAUUGGCUGCCGUCGCCACGGAAAACCGCUCCACCAUCUUCACCGUCCUGCUCGGCGCGAUCCCAGUCUACGCCACGCUUCGCUGCUUCUACCUACUGUAUUUGCACCCUUUGUCGCGAUUUCCCGGGCCUCGCCUUGCCGCUGUAUCCAACACCUGGUAUGCCUAUCACUGGCUUUCCGGGAAGUGGCCUUGGGCCAUAGAGAAUGCCUUGCGCGAGUACGGCGACGUCGUACGCAUUGCGCCAAAUGAACUCGUCUUUUUCACGCCCCGGGCAUUUCACGGUAAGACGACUGCGCCACCACCGUCGUUCUGCCCUCUCAUCAUUAAUCGAUUAUGGACAGAUAUCUACCAGUCUGCCCAGAAAGGACUUGAAACAUUCGUCAAGUCCGACUUUCAGAACCGAGGCGAUGAUCUAGGGGGCGUGGUGUGGGAGGAGGACCCUGUGCGUCACCGAGCGGUGGCCAAGCAGCUCGCCCCUUUGUUCACUGCUCGCCACAUACGAUCCAUGGAGCCCGUGAUAUCGAAACAUAUCGACUACUUCAUCAAACGGCUUAGAGAAGUUGGUUCAGAUGGGGUUGAUAUCUGUGAAUGGAGCCACUGGUACAAUAUGGAUCUUGCCGCAGACUUAUCAUGGAAUGAGGAGACUCAUCAGAUGAGAGACGGUUUCGUCACAGAAAAAAGAUCUAUUUAUCUAAAUGUUCUCCUCGGGUUCAACAAAUUCGCCACCGUCAUACAAGUCUUCAAGCGGUUCCCCCUCAUAAAACCACUACAGUACUGCUUCCUGCCCAUCAGCAAGAUAUCGAGCAUCGCGCAGAUCGAGGCGGCAGUGAAGAACGGUGUCCUGCAACGAAUCGAGAGACGGGGCACACUCGAGCAUCCCGAUUACUUUGACUGCAUCCUCCCUGGCGAGAAGCCGCUGCCAGCAGACAGGAAGGAAAGCUACUUGAUUGGUUCUCUUGCGUUGCAGGUCAUGUUUGCCAACUUCGGUGCACUUUCCGACUGGCUAUACGGCACAAUCUACUUACUGACGGAUGAUGAGGGGCAAGAAUGCUACAAGGAACUGGUUGCCGAGAUAAGGGGCGCAUUUGAAAGCUUUGAUGACAUCAACGCAACAGCACUCACAUCUCUACCCUACCUACAAGCAUGCCUUGAGGAAUCACUGCGCUUGAUCCCUGGUGGUCUCCACACAGGAUUGCCUCGUCUAAGCCCCGGCGCUACGGUUGACGGCCACUACGUUCCAAAAGGGACUCACGUUCAGUCGAGCAUAUUCGCUCAAUCCCGUAGUCCACGAUACUUUCACGAGGCGAAGAAGUUUCGACCUCAGCGAUGGCUCCCUCCCACUCACAAACUGUACGACCCGGCCUUCAAGGACGAUGUUCUGAGAGGGGCGUCUCCCUUUAGCUUGGGACCGCGGGCCUGCUCAGGUCGCGAGACUGGUUGGGUCCAGGGUCGGUUUAUCGUCGCGAAACUCUUGUGGACCUUUGACAUUGUCAGAGUGCCCGGCCAGGAUAUUGACUUCGACAGAGAUUUCGUCCAUUUUGGCUUUCUGGACAAGCCUGAGCUGAAGGUGAAAUUUAUUCCACGGUUUGAUUAA